UGAACCGAUUGCUACAGAGAGUGGCUUUGGGAGCUAAGGCCUUCGUAGCGAUGGCCUACCGAUUGUUCCAUGUCGAGUAUCCGAUCCCUCCCACACAUUCUUCGAUUGCCACUGGCACUGAAGAGCCAGCUUCGUCACGCGUCUCGUCACCAGUUUUUACAGAAUUCAUUCUGGUUAGGCAAGUUCAUUCUUAACUAUACCGUCAGGCGGAAAGCAACAUUUUUAAGCCGCAUCUGUAUCCGCUCCCGUUUGGCCUAUUUUCCCUUGUUGUGAGAAGAUAUGGGUUUUCACAAACUAUUGGUUGUUCAUGACGGGCAAUCUCAUACUGUGGACUAUGAGAGUGAUGAGGGGGAGGAUAUUCUCAAGGUACAGCUCUUCUCUGUUACUAAUGUUCUUCCUGAGAAUCAAAACCUUCCAAAUCUUACGGAGUUAGUGAGUGGACUACAGUCAUUAACCCUAGUUGAAGGACAAGAUGGCAUAUUUACUCUGAAGUCGCUUGGUGAAAAGCGAGUACCUGUGCCUGUUGUACAGCCUUCUUCAAUUGUCACCAUCCCACUUUCUGUUCAAAGUGAUGAAGAUUUAGCUCGAGCUCUACAAGCAGAAGAGGAUGCAUUAUUUGCUCAACGACAGCAAAGGGUAGAUCAGAGUUCACGUGGUCGAGCAACAUUGGAGGCCAAGCUCCAAUCAUACUACGAGCAAGUCAUGCAAUACGAAGACCUUGCUCGUCAGAAUGCUGCAAGGUCUUCUGUAUCAAUAGAUGAGCUUGAAGAGAAAGCACUGGUAGCUUUGGCGAAGGAAGGGAAAUCAAUUGUAAGCGAUUCUGAGAAAGAUAUUGCCAUAUUAGUGCAGCUUCUUUUAUGGUUUAAAAAGUCUUUUAAAUGGGUUAAUCAGCCUGACUGUACAGAUUGUGGUUCAAAGUCUUUUAUGAUUGGGAGGGGCAACUCUACUGCUGAGGAACUAAGGUAUGGCGCCAGCCGGGUAGAGUUGUUUAGGUGCAGCGGUUGUCAGAGGGAGAUCAGAUUCCCUCGUUACAGCGAUGCAAUGAAGCUGCUUGAGACAAGGUCUGGGAGGUGUGGUGAGUGGGCUAAUUGUUUUACUUUGUACUGUCGAGCCUUUGGUUAUCAAGCUCGCCUUGUGCUAGAUUUUACGGACCAUGUGUGGACAGAAUGUUUUUCUACAGUCCACAAUCGAUGGAUGCAUUUUGAUCCAUGUGAGGCAGCCUUUGACAAACCUUUACUGUAUGAGAGUGGUUGGAAUAAGAAGCUCAAUUACGUCUUCGCUCUUGCAAAUGACGGUGUAUACGACGUCACGAAGCGGUAUACUCGAAAGUGGAGUGAGGUAUUGUCCCGACGAACUGAAGCGACUGAGGCUGUGGUGCAAGACGUGGUGUCUGCUUUGACAGCUCGUGCCCGGAUUUCGAAGCCUACCCAUGAAUUGAGGACGUUGCAAAUACGUGACAGUCAGGAGAAGGAGGAACUACAAGCUUCAGUAAUGGAAAUUUCAUCCUCUCCGUCUCCAUUGCCAGGUCGGCAGAGUGGGUCACAGCAGUGGCGAAUGCUGCGUGGAGAAGUUGGGAGUGCUGGAAAUGUUUCUACUUCUCUCUCUGUCCCAGUUCGGACUUGUGCCGAUGAACACGUCAGGGACAUUCUCAUGGCCCUUGGGGAUCUUCUUAGAUCCACAGAUCCAACUAAAGUGAUAAGUCUCUGGCGUAGAGUGCUCCUAAAACUUCAAUCGCAACCCUACAAAAUGCGACGGGAGCUGUUUGGGAAGCAUGCUUGGUUGAAGGAUGAGUGCUCACUACCCUUACUUCAAGCUGUUGGUUUAAAGAGAGAGAUACAGGAUGAUGAUCGUGUAUUACUCCUGCUUGAAGGGAAUCCCGUCAAAACUGCUUUAGCCCUCCCAGUUGCCAUCGAGCAAUUGGAAAAUCUCAGCCAAGAACUCGAAAAGAAGGGGGUUGUUAAUGUUGACCUGACAGUCUUCUCCAAAUGGAGAAGGCUGAGCGGUGGUAAUGCAUGUGCAAGUGGCGAGGAACUUCCAUUUGAAGUUGCAUCUGCUGCGUUUGAUGGUUUGAGGGGUACGAAGUGGCUGGAUCCAAAGGGUGCUACUGGUGGAUGGAUAGAAUAUAGACUGCCAGCAGGGACUUCCGCCACUCUUGUGGGCUAUCAGGUCACUUCUGCCAAUGAUUGCCCAGAGAGAGAUCCUAUGGCAUGGGUGGUUGAGGGGCUGGCUGAUGGGAGUGAUAAUGUCGCACAGAUAUGGAAGCUCCUGGAUUCACAAGGCGAACAAUUCAACGACCGGUAUCUGAAAAAACGCUACGUAGUUGAUCCAGAGAAGAUGUUCCCGUGUUCUGUGUUUAGGUUUCGUUGCUUGUCAGCGCGAGAGACAUCAAGCUCACAAAAUACCAUACUUCAGGUAGCGAACAUAGAUUUCUUCUCUUCUGAGAGCCAGUAGCUUAUGAUGCCCUGUUGUGCUGCAUAUUUCUUUGUAUUUUUACUGUGCAGCUUUUCUGUAUUGCGACACACAUUAAUGUUAUUUCGGAGGUAUUAUUAUUUCCAGUA